AAAAUUUGCAUUAACAAAUCAAAGAUAAAAAAAGGGUUUUAAUUGGUACUUUAUAUUCUUGUAAUGCUAAUCACAUAUACUGGGUUCUGUCAUAGUAAUAUUUCACCCCAUCAACAAAGACUCACGUCGCCACCUGUUCUUUGUCUGUUUACUCUUUGUUUCAACGAUUCCUUUGAGAGAAGAAAUGUUGAGCAACUGUGAGAAGAUGGUUGUCAUCUCUUCAACUACUAACGAAUGGCCACAGAAUCAUAUAGAUGAGAAAGACUUGAUGGCGUCAACAGCUAGGCUUAUGGAGAAACCAAGCCAAGAACAGCAACCACAACAGCUUCAACAACAACAACAGCAGCAGCAGCAACAACAAGCCCUUAAGUGUCCUCGCUGUGAUUCAUCAAACACCAAGUUCUGCUACUACAACAACUACAGUUUAUCGCAGCCAAGACACUUUUGCAAGGCUUGUAAGCGCUACUGGACUAGAGGUGGCACUCUAAGGAAUGUUCCCGUGGGUGGUGGAUGUAGGAAGAACAAGCGUGUGAAGAGGCCUGCUUCAGCCAUUGAUUCAGCUUCCCCAACUUCUGGUGCCAAUCCUAACCCUCCAUCUCAACCUCAAAUCGAUGUGUCUUCAACCUCAAGUCAUCAUAUCAACCCUUUGUUUUAUGGGUUAGCCAAUAACCCUUCUGAUAUGAAUCUUCCAUUUCCGCGUUUCAAUUCAAGAGUUUCAGGUGUCGAAACUGUCACAGGCUAUGAUCUCCAGCCUCAGUUGAAUGCUCUUGGAUUAGGGUUUUCUUCUGGGAUUGUGUCUAGUGAUACUGGUGAUAGUGAUUAUCGAAAUGGUUUUAACGUUAACCCGACAAAGCAAAUCCAGGAUGUAGUCACUUCAAAUCCACUCCUUUCAAGCUAUUCCAAUGUCUUUGGAUCCUCUUCUUCUAGCACCACCACCACACCAACCAUUGCUUCUUUAUUAGCUUCUACUCUUCACCAACACAAAUUCAUGAAUGGUGGUGUUAAAAAUACUCAAGCGCCUAACCCUUUCCAAGCCUUAGCACCUUUCCAAGAUCUUCAAAUGACAGGUAAUAGUGAAAAUGGGCUAACAAUGAAAGAUGUCAAAGUUGAAGAAGGGCAAAACAGAAUGGAAUGGAAUUUACCAUGCCAGAAUCAGCUCGAGCAAAUUGGUUUAUCUGAUCCCGCAGUUUAUUGGAAUACAACGAGUGUCGCUGGUGCUUGGCAUGAUCCAACAAACAUUGGGUCCUCAGUCACUUCUCUGAUCUAGCAAAAACUAGACUUCUUAUUCUUCAAUUGUCUCCCUCUUUCUUGGGUCUUUUUUUUUCCUAGCUACUUAGUUUCGGUGGUUGCUACUGUCGGUAGCGGAUUCUAUAGUCAUAGUGGGGUGGGAUUCAAAACAAACCAAAAAAAAAAAAAAAGAAUCUCUAAUAAAUCAAAGUUGAGUAUUGAAGCAUGGAUGGGAGAAGCUUGGAUCGGAGCGAUCAUGUCAGCUGCAAGAAUUCAGCCUAUAGUUUUAUCAUCAAGGUUGAAAAAUCACUAAUUUGCGCUGAGAGGAACCUCGGAUCCUCUUCAUCUCAUCGCUGAAGGUAUCAUCUUCUUCAUCAACGUCUGCGGCUGUGUUGAAGAGAGAGGCUUAGCUCCUUUUGCUGCAACUUUUUAGUCCAGUAAGUUUGGCUUCUAUUUCGUAUGUAUAUAUUGCAUGACAUGUUCUUUUUCCCUAAUGUAUUGUUAUUAUUAGGUUGGGUUUUUGGGUAUAUGUUUCAGUCCUCAGCAACAGUGAUCAGAUGAGGAACUAAUUAUUUUUUUUCCAUUUUUUUUCCAUUUGUUUUUCAUUUUGUGGCUUUGGGGGUGGGUAUAAUUAAUGGUAUACCAGAGAGGGAGAUUUGUACCAGCAAUGUGCGCACUUAUUUUACCGUGGUUGGCUUUUUUUUUGGUUACAA